AAAGUCAGAAACCUGUGCUUCCUCGAGACCGGCGCGCGCCGCAGCAGGAAGCGAAGGCCAGCGCGAGCUACUGAACGAUGAUGAUGAUGAUGAUGAUGAUGAUGGGGAAGUAACUGUCAGUCGCCUGAGGAGACAUUUUCACAACUUUUUUUGGCUCAUUCCUAAAGUUUUAGUGCGAUUUCAGUGAAGUGGAGCAAACGGCGCGAACAUGUUCUCUCGAAAGAAGAAGGAGCCGACAAAUAAAGCGUCCUCACCCUCCAAAAAGAGCAACUCCGCGCAAAACCCUUCGUUGUCCAUUCUUCAGGAACACUCUCUCAAAGACACUAUCGAUGGCUCCUGCACGCUGGCCCCUCCUGAUCCGGGUCCCUUAUCCUGCCCGGGAACACCGUCCUCCCACUGCAAGCUAACAGUGUGCAGUCCACCUGUCGGCACCCUGAAGCGGCCCUCGGGUCUCAGCCGUCACGCCAGCGCCGUCAGCUUCGCCUUCCACACCUCGGGGACGUGGGGCUUCCAUAAGGGCUACGUGCGGGCCGCUCUCACCUACGGACAUGCGGCGGAGUCUGCGGAAACAUCGGUCAUCGAGGUGGAGGACAUUCCCUCGCUGCUGCGAGACGUCGCCCGCUUCGCAGAGGCUGUGGAGAAACUAAAGGACAUGGUUAUGGGAGAAGUGAAAGAGGAGCCAUGCAGCAGGCAGGCCGUUCACGAGAGUUUAGGGGAGGUUCUGCGUGUUUUGCGGCAGGUAAUCAGCACGUACCCUCUGCUGAACACUGUGGAAACGCUCACCGCAGCAGGAACUCUUAUCUCAAAGGUCAAAGGGUUCAGUUAUGAAGGCACCACUGAUGCUCAGAAGAAAGACUUUGAGAAAGCCAUUGAGACAAUUGCUGUGGCCUUCAGCAGCAAACUCGACAGAGUCCCUGACAACUCGAUGGAGGACCUGUACAGGGUGUCGUCAGGUCAGGGUCCUGAAGGAGGAGGAAAAUACGACCAUCAGGACUGCAUGAGUCCACGGGAAGUUGAUAUUCUCCUGCAGCGCAGUGAAGGCGGCGUGGACUCGGCUCUGAAUUACGCCAAAUCUAUCGCCAAAUACAUGAAGGACAUCAUCAACUACGUAGACAAGAGAAUCGCUCUCGAGAAUGAGUUUUCUAAAGGUCUUCAAAGACUCUACCAGUCCUGCAAACAAAACAUCAUACAGGAACACAUGCCGUUGCUGUCGAUCUUCUCUCUGGCUCUCGAGCAGGACUCAGAGCAGAGCUGUGGUUUACAACAGGCCACAAACAACAUCUACACACACUCAUUUCUACAGCCCAUGACACAGCGCAGACAGGAACAUGAGAAGAAGCGCAGAGACAUUAAAGAGCAGUGGCAGAGGUCCAAGAGAAAACUGGCCGAUGCCGAGAGUAACCUCCGUAAGGCACGUCACCUGUACGUGAGCCGCUGUGAGGAGUACGAGAGAGCUCGGACAGUGGCCAAUAAGGUUGAAGAGGAACAAAGCGGAACAGGAAGUGGCUCAACCACUAAAGCUCUGGACAAGAAGAGGCGACUGGAAGAGGAAGCACGCAACAAGGCGGAGGAGGCCGAGGCGACGUAUCGCACCUGCAUCGCAGACGCCACGACACAGCAGCAGGAGCUGGAGGACGUGAAGGUGAACGUGCUCAAACAGAUCCAAGAACUCAUCAGACAGACGGACCAGAUCCUGCGCGCGUGCACCAUCUCGUACUAUCAGACGAUGCAUGUGCAGACAGCAGCGCUGCCGGUGCAUUUCCAGACGCUCUGUGAGAGCUGUAAGCUAUACGAUCUGGGUCAGCAGUACGCAGCAUACGUCAAAAACCUGCAGCUCCGCACAGAGCUGCCUGUCCAGUACCAGUUUGAGGCGUACUCCGCAUCCAGCCACCAGCACGUUCGGACCCGUAACAACAGUCUCUGUAAUGACCAGCGGCAGAACAGCUCUGAAGCUCCGCCCACUGCAGAGGAGGCGGGGUUUGGGGAAGGAGCUAUGGUUAAACAAAGACGAGGUCAAGGUAGAGACCAUCAUCAAGCUCAUAAGUCCUGGCCGUCCACCCUGAGUGACACUGACAGUGUUGGUCCGGGAAGUGGACUGGGUUCCCCGACCUCCAGCACAGGUGAUAUCUCAAAACCUUCAAGGCCAGUUUCUGCAGCCACAUUUUCAUCCAAUGAAGAUUUAGAGGAGCGAGACGGUGCCAUGACCCCAUUUGAACAAAGUAUAAAUGGAAUUGAAUCGGAAAACGCGGCGCCCACUGGACCUUUCAGAAACGUGGGAUUGUCCAAAGCUGCAAAAACCCAUCGACUGCGCAAACUGCGCACGCCAUCAAAGUGCAGGGAAUGUGACAGCUACGUUUAUUUCCAGGGAGCAGAAUGUGAGGAGUGUUUUCUGGCGUGUCAUAAGAAGUGUCUGGAGUCUCUGGCCAUCCAGUGCGGUCAUAAGAAACUCCAGGGCCGCUUGCAGCUCUUUGGCCGUGAUUUCUCUCAGGUCCUGCAGGGCGACGUGGAGGGUGUUCCCUUCAUUAUCAAGAAAUGCAUCACUGAGAUCGAGAGGAGAGCACUCAAAAUGAAGGUGCGAGAGGAAAGCUUUGAAAAUAAUCAAGCUGUUCUUCCUGCAUUUUUCUAUCUGAUUGGUUUGAAUGUUUAUGUCUGAUAAAUGUAUUGUUUUUUGCAUAUUCAUUCUGAUUGGUCAGUUUACCUCUGCUAUACAUGAUGCCAACUUCCUAAUUCUCAC